CAUUCCUGUACCUCCGUGAUGACACUGGACUCCCAACACCUUCCCUCGACCCCCGACAACGCCAGCAUCACCGCGAGCAACACAGUAGUCUCCGGGACAGACAAUCCCGCGAGCACGCGUUCCUCCUGGCUCAAGUCGCCUGAGAACGAACCGGGGCCUGACUACACCACCUGGGAGGACCUCGCGGGCCCGCUCCCGGAGUGGUGGGAGAAACGGCUGACCAAGGCCGGCAGGGUCUACUUCGUCGACCACAAGAACCAGAUCACGACCUGGGACGACCCGCGCGCCAUGAGGAUCGCGGAGGGGCAGAGGGCGAGGAGUAAGAGCCACGAGAUGUGAGGGGGUGGGGGGCGUUUUCAAGUUCGCUGCUUUCUCUUCUCUUCUUCAGGUAGCCGGGAAACUGCAUUUGGACACGUAUAGCUAUUCGAAUCCGGACCAGAUACGUGUACCAUAUAAUGACGACAAUCCGGACUCGGACAUGGCUGGGAAUACAAGCAUAACUCCUCGAGGAAC